UCGAUGAACAACAGGUAUAAACCAACAGUCACAUUCCUGGUCUAUGAGCGCUAUAAAUUGCCAGCAUUUUGGCAAUAUGUUUGUGGAGCUCCCUCAUCAGUGCCUUUGCCUGUGCCUGUGCCUGCAACAAAGAACGCCAUGGUACUAAAUAGUACCCCCAAAAACUUUAACUCAAAGGAGGAGUUCAUAGCAUGGAUGAUGGAAUACGACAGAGACGGAGAUGGUCGCAUUAGCAAGGGCGAAUUACGAGAGGUGGUCAGCAAAUUAGGCUCCUGGUUCCCAUGGUUUAGGUGCCGCAAAGCCAUGGCUGCUGCGGAUGCUAAUCACAACGGGAUCAUAGACGACGGCGAGAUGCCUGCCCUCGUCAAUUAUCUUCACGAGUGGUCAGGAGUGAAGAUCACAGUUUACUAAGCCAACUAGUAUCUAAAAGGCUAAUCAUGCUUUUCAUGUACUACUGUAGAUUUCUAUGAAGCAAUAUAAAGUACUAAAUAUCAUAAUCUCUUAUCGGUUGGAGCAUUUAGAUGUCACAAUUAUUUACAACCAUCCGAUGUGAAA